AUGUCUACCCCUCAGCAGUCUCAGGCUCCCCACCGGGGCCUGGCGACCUAUCGCCAACUCGCGCCCUCGGCAUCUGUCAGAGUGUCGAACCUGUGCUUAGGCGCCAUGACAUUCGGCCUCGCACACCAAGAGAGAUACGGCGAGAUGACGAAAGAGAUCGCAUUUGCCAUUAUGGACCACUACUACGACAACGGAGGCAACUUCAUCGACACGGCCAACGUCUACCACGAAGGCCAGUCGGAGCAAUGGCUCGGCGAAUGGAUGGCAAAGCGAAAGAUCCGCGACCAAAUUGUCCUCGCAACCAAAUACACCAAUGCUUCAUCAAGCGGUAGUAAGGACCCGAACGAGGUCCGCGCCAACUAUGUCGGCACAGGCACAAAGUCCAUGCGGCUCUCUCUCGAGCGCUCGCUCGCCAACCUCCAGACUUCAUACAUUGACUUGUUCUACGUGCACUACUGGGACUAUACCACCUCUAUCCCGGAACUCAUGCACGCGCUUAAUGAUCUCGUCUCUUCGGGCAAAGUAAACUACCUCGGCAUUUCCGACGCCCCCGUCUGGGUCGUGACCAAGGCCAACCAGUACGCUCGAGACCAUGGUCUACGCCAGUUCGUCGUCUACCAGGGGAUGUGGAACGCCGCAAUGCGUGACUUUGAGAGGGACAUCAUCCCCAUGGCCCUCGACGAAGGCAUGGGACUCUGUCCCUACGGAGUCCUCAACCAAGGCCGCUUCCAAACGGCCGAAGGCUACAAGGAGCGCGAGAAACACAACCCCGGCCGAAACUUCAUCCCCCUCUCCGAGCGAGACAAGCAGGUCUCUGCUAAGCUGGAAGCUCUCUCAAAGAAGACAGGCCACUCGCUAUUCAACAUCGCGCUCGCCUACGUCCUCCACAAAUCGCCCUAUGUCUUCCCCAUUAUUGGUGCUCGCGUCGUUGAUCAUCUUGAGAAGAACAUCUCCGCUCUGGAUGUCCGGCUGAGUGAAGAGGAUAUGGCGGAGAUUGAGUCCGCGUAUGAUUUUGACCAUGGGUUCCCGCACACCUUCCUCAGCGGGACGCUGUUCGACGGCUCGAAACCACGUGGGGUAACCGGGGCCCGUGAUGUGAUGUUCAAUAAUAUGGGGAAUCCUAGAUUUGAGUGGAUGGAUACGCCAAAGUCUAUUAGCCUUCGAUGGACUAGAUUUUAUUAG